UUCACUGCCCAAUGCGCCCAUACCUGCAUGCGUGUGUGUGGAAUUGUGUAUGAGAGAGAGAGAGAGAGAGAGAGAGAGAGAGAGAGAGAUCUGAGGACUUUCAAGUGUCGUCCAGAGGGGAGGAGACACAUUUCAUUAAUGCAGGAUGAGAUAUCGCCAUCAAUCCUUCAAGGAAAACCACCAUGUGGUAGGCCGGUCCUGGUAGAUUAAAUUUCGUUCAACUCCAGGUAUCCUCACGAAUCCUGAAUUUUCACUGCGAUAAACAUGCUUCUCUCUGACAUGGGUCCUGCUUAACUUUCUCCAUUUCACAGUAUACCCCAUGAAAGUGAAACUCUUGGCUCUUGUCAUUUGAGACUCUUGAGUUUCAAAUUUUACCUGCUUUUGCUUCCUGGGGUUUGUUCACCUUGUUCAACAGCUUAACCCCAUAAACCACUACAUUUCAGCUUCAAAGCUCACCACCACUCUGUUUCAGAAAUCAGAAAUUUUCAUGUCAUGGGGUGGUCUAGCUCGUGCCUACUAGUGUGCCUCUCAUGGGUUUUCUUUGUUCAAAGUACCCAUCAAUUGCAGUCCUCACAAACCCAGGUUGUCCUUCAGCUGAGGAAGCAUUUGGAAUACCCAAAGCAGUUGGAGAUUUGGAGCAACAGGAGCACAGAUUUUUGCUUUUUGUCCUCUGAGCAAGCAAACAUGACAUGCCAAAACAACUUUGUCACUGAGCUCAGAAUCUUGGGUGACAGAAAGUCGAAAAGGGUAACCGAAUUCGAUGGGUUUUCGAUUCCUAAUCAAACCCUAUCAGAAACCUUCUCUGUGGAUUCUUUUGUAGCCACCCUGGCAAGGUUAACUGGUUUGAGGGUUCUUGUUUUGGAGUCUUUGGGCAUCUGGGGCCCACUUCAUGCCAAGAUCCAGAGGCUGUAUUCACUUGAGUAUUUGGAUUUGAGUGGAAACUACUUGUUUGGUUUUAUUCCUCCUCAGAUUUCAAGAUUGGUGAAGAUUCAAACCCUUGAUCUGGAUGGCAAUUUCUUGAAUGGAACUUUCCCUGGUUGGUUCUAUUCUCUACCAAAUUUAACCUAUUUAAGCUUAAGAGAAAACCACUUGAGUGGUCUUAUACCAUCUUCAAGACAUGGGAGCAUAUUGCUUCAUCUUCAACACCUUGACCUUUCAUUCAAUCAUCUGAAUGGACCACCUCCUUCUGCACUUUUCUCUUUGCCCAACAUCAGUUACUUAAAUUUGGCAUCAAAUAUGUUUACUGGAUCACUUCCCAACCAUUUGACUUGUGGCAAUCAACUUCAGUUUGUAAAUAUAUCUAAUAACAGGAUCAAGGGGUUGUUGCCUUCUUGUUUGAGUAAUGCAUCAGACAAGAGAGUUAUUAACUAUGGUGGGAAUUGCUUGUUAACUGGGGUGGGAAAUCAGCAGCCAGAGUCAUAUUGUGAAGAAGUUCAUGUCGAGAGGAAAGAAUCCAAAGCCAAAGGGAAGGGUGUGGGAAUAUUAGUGGGUGUCAUUGGAGGAAUUUUUGCGGUUGUGUUGGUUUUGGCUUUUGGAUUUCUUCUUGUUUGCAGAAGGUAUUGCCCUAGCGGAUCAUCGGAGCAACAUUUGCUGCACAAGGCUGUGCAUGACAAUUCGGUGAUGGGGUUGUCAUCGGAUAUAUUGACCAGUGCAAGGUAUAUUUCUCAAGCAGCAAACUUAGGCUCUGAAGGUAUACCAGUUUGUCGGUUGUUUAGCUUAGAAGAACUAAUGGAAGCUACAAACGACUUCGACAAGUCUUACAUAAUGGGCGAAAGUUCAUAUGGGAAGAUUCACAAAGGAAGACUAGAGAAUGGAGCCCAAGUAGCUAUUAGAUGCCUAACUGUAUCAAAAAAAUAUACUGUCAGGAAUCUUAAACUCAGGUUGGAAUUGCUUGCAAAGCUUCGCCACCCACAUUUGGUUUGCCUCUUGGGUUUCUGCAUCAACGGCGGUGGAAGAGAUGAAUCUAAUGCAAAUGAAGUCUAUCUCAUAUAUGAAUAUGUGCCAAAUGGGAAUUAUCGUGCACAUCUCUCAGAUAAUAGUCCAGAAAAAACUCUCAAAUGGGCAGACAGAUUGUCAGCUCUGAUUGGCGUGGCGAAGGCUGUGCACUUCCUACAUACUGGAAUUAUUCCCGGUUUCUUCAACAAUAGGUUGAAAGCAAAUAAUAUACUCCUGAACGAGCAUCUGAUGGCAAAGCUUAGCGACUAUGGGCUGUCUAUUGUUAUUGCAGAAGAUGAAGAUCAUAAUGAGGCAAAAGGACAGGGUCUUAAUUCAUGGCAAAUGAAAUCCUUAGAGGAUGAUGUGUAUAGCUUUGGGUUCAUAUUACUCGAGUCGAUUGUGGGGCCAACAGUAUCUGCAAGAAGGGAAGCAUUUCUGCAGAAUGAAAUGGUGUCGUUCGGUAGCCAGGAGGGGCGGAGGCGGAUAGUGGAUCCGCUUGUGCUUUCCUCUUGUUCACAAGAAUCGUUGAUGAUCGUUAUCGACAUAACAAACAAAUGCCUCUCUCCUGAUUCAUCGACUCGUCCAUCUUUUGAGGAUGUUCUCUGGAACUUGCAGUAUGCAGCCCAAGUACAGGCAAAUGCCGAUGGUGACCAAAGAUCUUAAAUACUGUCUCACUUGUGGUUUUGUGAACAAGGGAACAUGCCUCGAAUCUUUUCAGCUUAUUGGGAAUUGUAAUGUACAGGAUAAGAUUUUUCAUCUACAAGUUUAGAUAAAUUUUUGUAUAACCUUCGCACUUCGAGAAAAUGAUUCCUGUCUAUUGGUAAAUAUUCCUGCCAUUUUGUUGAAAUGAAUCUCUCUCUCUCUCUCUCUCUCUCUCUCUCUCUCUCUCUCUCUCUCUCUCAUCCACAUGCAUAUAGUUCAAGUACAUUAUCGAAUAAUCAUUGACUGUCUCUGCAGCUUAUACAGCUAGGCAACUCUCAGUGACUAAAGGAAUUAAUAAACUUAUAAUAUAAAUUUCAAUGAUGAUAAAACCAAGCCUAUUAUUUAGAAAAGGUUAUCAUUAAAAGGUUUCUAAUAUUGAGAACAAAUUGUAAAGUAUAAGGCCCCGUUUGUUUGGAUAUAAAACAUUCUACAUCAAGGAACAUCCUCUUGAUCAAGUAAUUUGUAUGUAAGAAUGGAAUCCACUUUCUUCGUGCUAAUGGUCACAGAUAUCCCGACAAGUCGUGAUACUGCAUACAUAUCAUACCGAAUAUCAGGAAUUUCACAGAUAAUAAAAUUCUUCUAAAUAAAAGGAAAAAUGGACGAUAUAUAUUUAAAUGCUGCAAUAAUGCAGUACUAGUAAAACAAACAAAACCUUACGUUUCGAUUUAACUACGCAGCGAAAAGAGAAAACUACGCAUAAGGAACAUCCUUCUACUAAUACGAUAAUAUAAGUCUAGAUCGAAAAUAAGAAAAUGAACCAUUAGGUGUUAUUAAAUUAAUUAAAACGGCAAAUCAUCAAUCUUGAUUAUCAAGCAUUGCGCUCUUCUCAAGCAUUGCUCGAACCCUCAUUGGAAGUCCAUAGAGCCGGAUGAAUCCAGCA